AUUUUAUCCCUUUGGAAUUCAAUUUUGUUUUCCGUUUUUAUAUAAGAAAAUAAUAAAAAUGAGAAACCUCUCGAAUCGGCGACUCAUAGAAACUAGGAAAGAGCCAUCCAGUUGUUUCAAGCAAAAACCCUAGUUUUCUCUCUCUACCUUCCCAGCACACUCUCUCUCUAGCCCUGCUACUUCCCAGCGGUCGAGCAUCCACAUCGCCAACAAUGGCGGCCAUGCUGCAACCCCAGAUCAUACUGUUGAAGGAAGGGACGGAUACGUCGCAAGGGAAGCCUCAGCUUGUGAGCAAUAUAAAUGCGUGCACGGCAGUAGCGGAUGUGGUGCGGACCACUUUGGGUCCAAGAGGGAUGGACAAACUCAUCCACGAUGACAAAGGGAACGUUACCAUCUCCAACGACGGUGCUACCAUCAUGAAGCUUCUUGACAUCGUUCACCCUGCGGCCAAGAUCCUCGUUGACAUAGCCAAGUCUCAGGAUUCUGAGGUUGGUGAUGGAACCACCACAGUUGUCCUAUUUGCAGGAGAAUUUUUGAAGGAGGCCAAGCCUUUCAUAGAGGAUGGUGUCCAUCCUCAAAAUUUGAUUAGGAGUUAUCGAACUGCAUGCUAUUUGGCAAUCGACAAAGUAAAAGAACUGGCUGUCAGCAUAGAGGGUAAAAGCUUAGAAGAAAAGAAGAGUCUGCUUGCUAAAUGUGCUGCAACAACCCUCUCUUCAAAGCUCAUUGGUGGAGAGAAGGAGUUCUUUGCAUCAAUGGUGGUUGAUUCUGUUAUUGCAAUUGGAAAUGAUGAUCGGCUAAGUAUGAUUGGAAUCAAGAAGGUUCCUGGUGGUAACAUGCGGGACUCUUUUCUAGUCGAUGGGGUUGCCUUUAAAAAGACAUUUUCAUAUGCUGGAUUUGAGCAACAGCCAAAGAAGUUUCUUAACCCCAAAAUACUCCUGUUAAAUGUUGAAUUAGAGCUGAAAUCCGAGAAAGAAAAUGCUGAGAUAAGACUUUCGGAUCCAUCACAGUAUCAGUCCAUUGUUGAUGCAGAAUGGAAUAUUAUAUAUGACAAAUUAGAUAAAUGUGUUCAGAGUGGGGCAAAAGUUGUUCUUUCACGGCUGGCUAUUGGUGAUCUAGCGACACAGUAUUUUGCAGAUCGAGAUCUAUUCUGUGCAGGUCGUGUAACUGAAGAAGACCUGCAACGUGUAGCUGCUGCAACUGGUGGAACUGUACAGACAUCUGUCAACAACAUUAUUGAUGAGGUCCUUGGGACGUGUGAGCUUUUUGAGGAAAGGCAAGUUGGAAAUGAGAGGUUUAAUAUAUUUAGUGGCUGUCCAUCAGGCAGGACAGCUACUAUAGUUCUACGUGGUGGAGCUGAUCAGUUUAUUGAGGAAGCUGAGCGGAGUCUGCAUGAUGCAAUUAUGAUUGUUCGAAGAGCUCUGAAAAAUUCUACUGUAGUUGCUGGUGGUGGUGCUAUAGAUAUGGAGAUAAGUCGGUAUUUGAGGCAGCAUGCACGCACAAUAGCUGGAAAGUCUCAACUUUUUAUAAACUCCUAUGCAAAAGCUCUUGAGGUUAUCCCACGGCAACUCUGUGACAAUGCUGGAUUUGAUGCAACUGAUGUGCUUAACAAAUUAAGACAGAAGCAUGCACUUCCAUCUGGUGAAGGUGCACCAUAUGGUGUGGACAUCAACACAGGAGGAAUUGCUGAUUCAUUUGCUAAUUUUGUCUGGGAGCCAGCAGUUGUGAAGAUAAAUGCUAUCAAUGCUGCUACAGAGGCUGCAUGCCUUGUUUUAAGUGUUGAUGAGACCGUGAAAAACCCUAAGUCUGAGAGUGCACAGGGAGAAGCUGCUGCGAGUGCCAUGGGUGGUAGAGGACGUGGAGGGGCUGCUUUUCGCGGGCGUGGACGUGGAAUGCGAAGACGAUAAGCUCUUCAGAUUUUACUUGAAAGCAUUAACGGGUAAAGCAUCAGAAAAGGCAGGCUUCUGCAAUUUUCUCUGUAGUUUGGUUUGAGGUUUGCUGUCGAGAUGUAAUCUAGUGAUAUUUGUCUGAAUAUUGUUAUUCACUGAUCAAUUUGUAUUGACUGGCAACUUUGGGUGACAUUACUUAUAGUUAAAACUCUCGUUUUUUGUUGCUUCCUUGAGGAUUGUGGUUGUUUAUUUUAGUUGGUUAUCCAAAUCACCGGUGGUGGGAGCAACAUAUACUGGAGUUCAAAUCCACUUUCUGAAACUAUUUAGCUCUUGACGGCUUGUAUCUUGCUGUUGACUGGAAUUAUUAGUGGGAAUUCAACUGUGGAUGCAUUUUUGAUUA